UGGUUGUACGCACAACAAGGUACGUUGCUUCCCCGGGUCAGCUACAUGUAGCAGCUUUGAACCGAACCUCGACCCUCGGAGUCCGGACGGGUUCUGCUCCUCGGUUCGCUCACCGGCUGCUCAUGGCGGCAGAAACUCGGCCGCAGGCUCGAAAGCCGUGCCUGCUGAGCAAAAUCGAGGGUUUUCAGGAGGUGGUGACCGCAGCGGUGAUCAUCCCUAAAGAGGACGGCGUCAUCAGCGUGUCCGAGGACAGAACUAUUCGAGUAUGGCUGAAGAGAGACAGUGGUCAGUACUGGCCCAGUGUGUACCACACCAUGCCAUCGUCCUGUUGCUGCAUGUCCUUUAACCCAGAGACCCGGAGACUUUCCGUGGGGACGGACACUGGAAGUAUAUGUGAGUUCGUUCUGUCAGAAGACUACAACAAGAUGACCCCGGCACUCACCUACCAGGCCCACCAGGGCAGGGUGACGGUGGUGCUGUUCGUGUUGGAGAUGGAGUGGCUGCUGAGCACCGGCCAGGACAAGAACUUCACCUGGCACUGUUCGGAGAGCGGUCAGCAGCUGGGGACGCAUCACACCGCAGCCUGGGUUUCAGGACUGCAGUUUGAUGUAGAGACCAGACAUGCCUUUGUAGGGGACCAGUCUGGUCAGGUGACCAUCCUGAAGCUGGAGCAGGACAGCUGCAGUCUGGUCACUACCUUCAAAGGACACACCGGUAGCGUGACAGCGCUGUGUUGGGAUCCGGUCCAGAGGGUUCUGUUCUCGGGCAGCUCGGACCACUCCAUCAUCAUGUGGGACAUCGGAGGGCGCAAAGGCACCGCCAUUGAACUGCAGGGACACAAUGAGAAAGUCCAGGGCUUGUGUUACGCCUCACACACUCGCCAGCUCAUCUCCUGCAGCUCGGAUGGAAGCAUCGUCAUCUGGAACAUGGAUGUAACUCGACAAGAGACCCCUGAAUGGCUGGACAGUGACUCCUGUCAGAAGUGUGAGCAGCCGUUCUUCUGGAACUUCAAACAGAUGUGGGACAGUAAGAAGAUCGGCCUUCGACAGAGCGAUUAG